AUGACUGGCGCGACCUCCUCCGCCGCUGCAAGAACUUCGGCUGGGGGCAAGAAGCCUGGUGACAUCGCCCAUCGCACGCUGGUAUGAAAGCCUCAGAAUGGAUAAAAUCCUCAAAGUGGAAAUAAUUUGUGAUGCAUGAAAUGCGACGCAAAAACCCUGUAUUGCAGCGGACGCAUUGGAGGCCGACUAUUGUGCUUCUAUGGGUUCAGAAUUGGGCUGCUGAUGAGCACGACAGAAGGGCGCCUCUUUGCCUAAUUAGCAUGACAGACACGUUUUGAGUGCCCGGGAAAUUUGUCGUGCGCCGACUAGAAAUGGUGCUUCAACUGGAGUCGGUUUUUUGCAUUACAAAUUAUUUUCACUUUGAGGAUUUCCAACCUGAGGCUUUUAUAGCUGGACGAUCUGCACUUCGACGUGAUUGUGCUUAGACGGAGCAGUGUGGUCGUCCCAGAAGGCGAGGACAAAAAUGCGGGCGGUACUUCUGUGUCCUCUAAGCAGCUGUCCCCACCAGAAUACGACAUCAUGUACCUAGACGAUCACACCCUGGAAUAUGGGAUUCUCAAACGUUACGUUCUCAACUGUUACAUGAAUUUGUCAUGCAGAAGCUCCAUAAGCAUCUACUACAUGAUCAAGCUGCUUCGCAUGAAAAAUUUGCGAAGGGCUAAAAAGCGGCUAAAUCAGUGCGGAACUUGUAAUGCUACAGAUGCAGCGUCCCCCUUUUGACUUUUGCUAGUCUUGCAUUGCACAUUCGUGUAACAGUUGAGAAUGUAACGGUUGAGAACGCCAUAUGGAAUGCAAUGUGCCCGCGGAAGAGCUUCAGAGCACCGAUGAUGAUGAUACGCAACAAAAAAUUAAGGAACACCUACACGACGACGUACAAACUGCAUCGCAAAUUCAUUUUCCAGCCUACACUAGCAUGCGACUCCCAGUUGUCAUGCUGAAUAGGAUAAUAUAAAGGAAACACAAUUUUGCCAUGCAGACACCGCUUUUUUUGUACGUCGUGUACGGGAAAUUUACUCAGUAUAGAUCAAGAUAAAACGACAGAAACGACCUCCAUCAGACCCCGUCCCAUGAUGCGGUUUGACGCCGACGACUUGCUGCAGGUCGGGCUACAGAAGCUGCAAGAAAAAUAUGGGCCACAGAAGAGCUCAGGCACGACCGAUACAGGGAAGAAAACCUCCUCACAAGUUGUUGCACCGGCACAGAAAGGAGCCUUAUGGAUUGCAAAUAUGUCUGGGUCUCGAAGAUUCUAAACUUGUAAUGCUGUCUGUGGACUCUAAAAAAGUUUGGAUUGCAUGACGAGCAAGAGGACUCCAGUUUGUGCUACGCGGAGAGGCCAUUUCUCAUGCGGUAGAGGUAUCGCAAAGCGCUCUAAAAAUCUGUGAUGCUACGGCAUCCAUAACAGACAUCACGGGUCAUGGAAAAUAGGCAUGACAAAUCUAGAAAUCUUCCAGACCCAGACAUUUUUGCAAUCCAUAAGCCUGCAGUCCACACGAUUUCUCCCCCCAGCGGGAACGGUCUAGCAGCCAACGGCGGCCGCAUAUGGAAGUGUCAGGAUCGAAAUCGACAAAGACAAAGUUGAAAUACUUUGUGAUGCAUAAAGCGGAUCACAGUUGGCGGCCAGUUUCCAAGCGGCGCAUGACAAAUUUGGGUAGAACCUAAAUCCAGUUUGUCGUGCUGUUUGGGUAAGGAAGACGGCUUUUGUCAUGCUAGUUUAGCAGCUCGCUUUCUACCCGUCAGCAGGCUUUUUACAAUCUGCCUCACUUGCCUACUCUGCAAGACAGGCAUUUUGUGGCUUGUAUUUUAUGUAUGACAAAUUAUUUCAACUCUGACGAUUUCGAUCCUGACGCCUCCAUAUCGCAGUCCGCGACCGUAACACGCAGCGGAACGAGCGGAGUGCAGUGGAACGGGAGAAGGUACAAAGACUUGAUCGACGGGACCAAGAUUGUCACUUACGUGGACGUAUGCAUUGUCAACACAAUAAAAGUAUUUUGUACUGGAACUGGAGGCGUAUGAAUUUUUGCAUUACAAUUUUUAUUUUGACGAACACAGACGAUAUGCAAUUUGGAGUGCCGAUAUAAUCCCUUUAGAUGAUGAUGACCAUGGAUCAUCUGUCAUGCGCGAGGACUGCAAUUACUACGAUGAGCACGAUGCUUUUGUAGAGUAUACGACGGGAAGCCACCGCCGUCCAGUAGCUUAUGCAUUGCGAAUGUGCCUGCGUCUGGAAAGGUGGAACCUGUAUUGCGUGUCUUGGAUUCCUGCAAAAUCUGUAUUGCGUGACCAAGAAAUAAAGCGCGCAUGACCAGCAAAUAAAUCUGUCCUGCAGAAGCGCAGGCUCUAAUGCGCAGUACGCUUCACCAGAAGGCUUCCUUAGAAUUUGUCAUGCUUGGCUGCGCUCAGGAGUAUGGUCAAUCGAUGCCACUCAGCAUCACAGGUUUCCAGACCCAGACAUUACAUUUGCGUUUGAUAUAGCUCCGCAUCGGAUGACGAGGGUGAGGGGGAAGGCGGAAAAAUAUCAAGAAGAAAAAUCCCCCCUCCCCAUAUCAAGACGGAAAUCUGUGAUGCAGAUUUUUGGUCACAAAUCAGCUUUGUCAUGCUACAAGGGAAAAGAUGCGGACUGUAGUGCUGGGUGGCGUGGGAAAGCCUUGCAUCUUCAGCAUGACAGGAGGCAGCUGGAAGUGGGGAACAGCGCGACAAAUUGCCUGCAAGCGAGGCCACAACUGCAGCUCUUGGCCUUCUAGCAAUACAAGUCUAUUUGUGUACUCAAAUAACGCAUCACAAAUUUCGUUUUCGAUAUGGGGAGGGGGGAUUUUUCCUUUUGAUAAAAAAGGAGUCCCAGCGGGUCUCCGAAGCAACGCGGGGGCGGAACGAGUAGGAGCGGGAAUAAAUCACGGCAUGAUCAACGUCGGAAUAGAGAUGAAAUGGCAGCGGGAGCAGGUGCAAUGAGAUUUUCUUUUGUAUAGUUGAUGGGAUGAUGUAUUAAGUAGUCGCUGUGCUGGAAAUUAUAGCAUAAAGAACAACUACUACGGACAUCAUACUUACAUUAUUUAUAUAGCACUCAUGGGCUCCUCCUGCAGGUGCUUUCCUGUAUCUGCAUGUAUUUCUCAAAUAAACCAAGCCAGGUUUCGACGCCGAUGGGAAUUUUGUGGAUUCGGACGGAAUAUGAAUUGCAAAAGUAUCGUACUAUUCGUAUAAAUGCAUUGCAAAUUUCCUCAGCAUGAGAAAUAAUUUAUACGAGUGCGAUACUUUUACACAGGAUACGGAAACGUAGUGGAUGACGAGGACGACGUAUGCAAAGAAAAUAGUGUUACAGUUACACAUGAUUGUGUUGCAGAACGCGCAACAGAGACAUCCUCUCUCAAGCCGGAAAGGCAUGUGUGCCUCGUUUCAUGCGUGUUUUAUUCCCGUAUGAUCUCUGCAUUGCAAAUUUCCUCUCUCAUGCAGAGAAAAUUUGUCUUGCUGAAUUGCCAACAAAUGUGUAAAAACUGUAUUACAUUUUUUUCGUUGGAUACGACGAGAUGCUGGGCUUCAACAGAAACAACCAAGAAAGCCGCCCCUUCGGGCUAUGAAUUGCAAUUGGGAAAUUAUCGUACUAGUAGCCAUUGCAUUUUUGCAAAUUAGCUCAGCAUGAUCAUGACACAGAACAUUUGUCAUGCAGAUUUAGCUCCUUGUGGUCCUUGGACAGAAGAUUUUUCCGUUUCAUUCAAGACUGCGAUUACUACGAGUGCGAUGCUUGUUUUGAACAGGAUACGAGCAAGCCGGCAUUGAAAGAAUUCUGAACGAAAAGAAGACUAUCGAAUGCAAAUAUGUCAUCUGGGUCUGGAUAUUCCGAGAUUUGUCUAGUCUGGCAUGACUCUGAACUCUGUAGUGCGUGGCCGCAAAGAGCCCCUCUUGCCUGUCAUGCAAAGACGCAGUUUCUCUAUCUCUUCAUGCGGAGUACGCAACCCAGAACCACGGAAAAACUUGCUAUGCUGGGCAGCGCAUUGCAGCGUGCUCAUUAUUCCUUUCCUUGCAUCACAAGUUUCAGACCCAGACAUAUUUGCAAUGCAUAAAGACUUACGAGUUGCAACAGCAAAGUGCGAAUUCUUCCAGGCCGAAUUCCAGUGUAUGCAUUGCAAAUAUGUCUGGGUCUGGAAAGGUGAAACUUGUGAUGCUGCUUUUGGAUUCCAAAAAGAUCUGUCUUGCCUGAGCAGCAAGAGAAGUCUAGUAGUUUUUGUUACGCGAACAGGGCACUUGUCAUGCGGGAUAGGCACCAAGUUCAAGAAGCACUCAGAAAGUCUGUGAAGAUGCUAGGGAAUGCAUCACAGACGUCACGGGUCAUGUAAAAUCUGCAUGACAAGUUACACCCUACUUCCAGACCCAGACAUAUUUGCAAUACAUACAGUGCCGGGACUAACAACAGUUACUUGGAAUCCGACCUGGAGCUCCGGUCGCUGGCAUCCGAACAGUCGGGGGUUGGCUUCCGUGGGGUGCAGAGUCUGAAUAUGCACUGCAAAUAUGUCUGCGUCUGGAAUAAACCUGUCUGUGAUGCUGAAUUGAGCAUGAUUGAAGCGCUUGCAAUGGCUGCCAAACAUGGCAAGUUUUUG